CAUGAUCUACAGUCCUUCAAACAACAACCAUAAACAAAAAAAAACGUAAAAACACAAUGACCAAAGAAGUUAACUCCAAGAUUGGAGUUUGGUUGUUAUUCACCUUAAUUAUUAGUAACUAUGUCGUCGAUCUCGAAGCCUCACACCAUGUCUACAAGAGACUUACCCAAAGCACUAACAUCAAAUCUCCUUCUGUAAACCAGCCCUACCGGACCAGCUUCCAUUUUCAACCACCCAAAAACUGGAUGAACGAUCCAAAUGGCCCUAUGAUAUACAAAGGAAUAUAUCAUCUUUUCUACCAAUGGAACCCGAAUGGCGCCGUGUGGGGUAACAUAGUGUGGGCCCAUUCCACGUCAACAGAUUUAAUCAACUGGGACCCACAUCCUGCAGCCAUCUUCCCAUCUGAGCCGUUCGAUAUCAAGGGAUGCUGGUCCGGUUCGGCUACAAUUCUCCCGGACGGCAAACCGGUUAUCCUCUAUACCGGAAUCGACCCCAAGAACCAACAGGUCCAAAACAUAGCCGAGCCUAAGAAUCUCUCCGACCCAUAUCUCGUUGAAUGGACAAAGUCUCCUUUAAAUCCUCUGAUGGCUCCUGACGCCGUCAACGGCAUCAACGCCAGCUCGUUCCGUGACCCAACCACCGCGUGGCUUGGCCACGACAAUAAAUGGAGAGUGAUCAUCGGAAGCAAGAUCCACCGUCGUGGACUAGCGAUUACCUACACGAGCAAAGACUUACUAAAAUGGGAAAAAUCUACCGAGCCGUUGCAUUACGACGACGGAAGUGGAAUGUGGGAGUGUCCAGAUUUUUUCCCCGUGACUAGGUUUGGCUCCAAAGGCGUGGAAACGUCGUCUUUUGGUGAACCUAAUGAGGUUUUAAAACACGUGUUGAAAGUUAGCUUGGACGACACGAAACAUGAUUAUUACACGCUCGGUACGUACGAUAGGGUUGGAGAUAAGUUCGUACCCGACAAGGGUUUUAAGAUGGACAGUUCGGCUCCUAGAUACGAUUACGGAAAGUACUAUGCGUCGAAAACGUUUUAUGACUCAGCCAAGAACCGGAGAAUAUUGUGGGGUUGGACUAACGAGUCAUCAUCGGUUGAGGAUGAUGUCGAGAAAGGCUGGUCCGGUAUUCAGACUAUUCCGAGGAAAAUUUGGCUUGACCGGUCCGGGAAACAAUUGAUUCAAUGGCCGGUUAGAGAAGUAGAGAGAUUACGUACGAAUCAAGUCAACUUACGGAACAAAGUUCUAGAUUCAAGAUCUAGACUAGAAGUCUAUGGUGUGACAGCUGCACAGGCGGAUGUGGAGGUUUUGUUCAAAGUGAGAGAUUUGGAGAAAGCGGAUGUGAUACAACCGAGUUGGACUGAUCCACAGUUGAUAUGUAGUCAGAUGAAUGUAUCGGUUAAGUCCGGUUUAGGUCCAUUCGGUUUAAUGGUUCUCGCAUCUAAGAACUUGGAAGAGUUCACAUCGGUUUACUUUAGAAUCUUCAAAGCCCGUCGAAAUAGCAAUAAUUACGUUGUGGUCAUGUGCAGUGACCAAAGCAGAUCCUCACUGAAGGAAGGUAAUGACAAAACAACUUAUGGAGCUUUUGUGGAUAUUAAUCCUCGCCAACGACUCUCCCUCAGAGCCUUGAUUGAUAAUUCAGUAGUGGAGAGUUUCGGUGGAAGGGGAAGAGCAUGCAUUACCUCCAGAGUGUAUCCAAAACUGGCAAUAGGAAAAGGUUCACAUCUAUAUGCCUUUAAUUAUGGGUCUCAAAGUGUGGAUGUCUUAAGCCUAAGCGCUUGGAGCAUGAAGUCUGCCCAAAUCAGUUGAUCACAUAUGGCGGAGAUAGACACACACACACACUUGUUUGACCAAAAAAAAAAAAAAAGACACACACACACACGCGUAUAUGCAUAUCUCCAUUUGUUGAGCAUUUAAUUAUAUGAUAUGAUUUUGAAGAUCUUAUAAGGUCCAGUUUGUUUGGUUGUCAAAAUAGAGUCAGAUCUGUUUGUUUGAGAUAAUUUUCAAGUUAUAUGACA